GCCCCGGGCCAAACGUUUCCCUUUUUCUUGUGCAAUUCCCUCCUACAGAUCGGAUCGCAGGUACCCACGGGAUAAAUAUCACAGAAAGUGUGCACAGUGUUUGUGACGGCAUAAGCGCUUCGAAUCUGCCGACGACGACGAACGACGGCGGUGGCGGAUAGAUGGAUGCGGCUGAAGCCAGUGCGAGAUGGUGUGUGGUCACUGGCGGCCGCGGCUUCGCGGCGAGACAUCUGGUGCUGAUGCUUCUCCGCUCCGGCGAGUGGCGCGUGCGCGUGGCCGAUCUGGCCCAAGUCAUCUCUCUUGACCGAGACGAGGAGCAGGGUAUCCUCGGCGCCGCCCUCCGCGAAGGACAAGCCGUCUACGUGUCCGCCGACCUCCGGCACAAGGCCCAGCUCGCCAAAGCUUUUGAGGGGACAGAAGUAGUUUUUCAUAUGGCUGCUCCAGACUCAUCCAUUAACAACUUUCAUCUUCAUUAUUCGGUGAAUGUUGAAGGAACAAGAAAUGUCAUUGAUGCGUGUAUCCAUUGCAAGGUGAAGCGACUUAUCUACACUAGUUCACCAAGUGUAGUUUUUGAUGGUGUUCAUGGAAUUUUUAAUGUGGAUGAAUCAAUGCCUUACCCAGAUAAGUUUAAUGAUUCGUAUUCAGAAACAAAGGCAGAUGCAGAAAAAUUGGUGAUGAGAGCUAAUGGUAGGGAUGGGCUUCUUACUUGUUGUAUACGUCCAAGCAGCAUUUUCGGCCCCGGUGAUAAGCUACUGGUUCCUUCUCUGGUUGCUGCUGCAAGGGCAGGCAAAUCCAAAUACAUAAUUGGUGAUGGGAACAACUAUUAUGAUUUCACCUAUGUGGAAAACGUUGCCUAUGGCCAUGUUUGUGCGGACAAAACUCUAUCAUCUGAAGAUGGUGCAAAGAGAGCUGCUGGAAAAGCCUAUUUCGUGACAAAUGUGGAGCCCAUAAAAUUCUGGGAGUUUAUGUCAUUGAUCCUAGAUGGUCUUGGGUAUCAAAGGCCUUCAAUAAAAAUUCCUGUCUCUGUUAUGAUGCCAUUGGCUCAUGUGGUGGAAUGGACUUACAAGUCAUUCUACAAGUAUGGCAUGAAGGUUCCUCAGUUGACACCGUCAAGGAUCAGGCUCCUCUCAUGCAAUCGAACAUUUAGUUGCGCAAGAGCGAAAGAUCAGCUUGGUUAUGAACCCAUUGUAUCACUCAAGGAUGGGCUGAAGAGAACAAUAGAGUCGUAUUCCCAUAUGCAAGCUCAGAAUCAAAGGAGUAUAUCAAAAACUUUGAUUUUGCUUGGGAAUGGAAAUGUUGCAAAAACGCUUCUUUGGGAAGAUACGAAGCAAACAAUGACAGUGCUACUACUAUUGGCGGUUAUCUACUACCAGUUAUUCACAUGUGGUUACACCAUUAUCACAGCAAUGGCAAAAAUUUUCUCACUAACAGCACUGUUCUUGUUCAUUCAUGGCAUGCUUCCUGCAAAUGUGUUUGGCCACAAGAUUGAGAAACUUGAGCCCUCAAACUUCCACAUCUCACAGGUGGAGGCACAUCAUAUUGCUUGUUCAGUCAGUUCAUCAUGGAACUCAUUAGUUGGCGUGCUAAAAUCUCUUUGUAGGGGAACUGAUUGGCCGCUAUUUCUGAAGGUGGUAUUCUUCUUACUGGUUAUUAGCAUCCUUAGUGCCAUGUCUUCGGGGGCUGCAUUUAAAAUAGGUAUUCCUCUCAUUUUCAUAGGCUUCAAAGCAUAUGAGAAAUUGGAGGACACAAUUGACAGCCUGGUGGGUGAUGCUUGUUCGUUCGUUCUACAGUUUAUUCCUAUCAAGAUAUCUUUAAGGCAGAAACAAACAUAAACAAGGAGAGCUCGUUAACAGUUGAAUUUUAUUUCGUAGUGAUAUUAAGUUUUACUUUUCAGUUAUUGCAGAUUUUCUAUGAACUCUUAGUUUGACAUUUUACUCCUACAGAAUCAUCAUUCAGAGUCUCAAUAAAGUUCAUAGAAUGUUUUCUUAA